AUGACAGAGGACGAAGCAGGCAUCGCAUUCGAGCACGCCGACAACGCGGCCGAGGGCCGGGACGCGACCCCCAAGCACGCGUCGCUCGAUGCCGCCGCCAAGGGCCAGGGCGUGUCCGGCUACGAGACGCUGACGCCGUGGGAGACCAUGAAGGCCUUCAAGCUGUGCUCCGCCACGUGCCUCGCCGUUGCGUUCAGCGCCGCCACGGACGGAUACCAGAUCGGCAUCAAUGGCAACAUCAUCGCCAACCCGGGCUUCGUCAGGCAGUUCGCGACCGAAACGACCGCCGCCGGCGAGCCCAACCUCGCCGCCCCGAUCCUCAGCGGCUGGAGCUCCAUCAUGUCCGUCGGCCAGAUCGUCGGCAUGACCACCGUCCCCUUCCUGUCGGACCGCCUCGGCCGCAAGGGCGCCAUGUACUGGUACUGGCUCGUGCUGUGCGCGAGCGUGCUCUGCGAGUGCGUCGCGCGCACCUGGCCCGUCUGGCUCGUCGCGAAGCUGCUCGCCGGCGUCGGCGUCGGGAGCCUGCAGUCCACCGUGCCGACCUACAUCGCCGAGGUCGCGCCCACGCGCGUCCGCGGCGGGCUGCUGCUCGCCUACAGCUUCUGGUUCGCCCUCGGCCAGUUCUUCGCCCCCGUGGCGCUGCAGGUCGUGUCCGGGUACGCGCCCGACGACUGGCUGACGCCCGUCUACACGCAGUGGGGCCAGGUCGGCCUCAUGGUCGUCGUCUACGCCCUCGUGCCCGAGUCGCCCGCCUGGUGCGUCACCCGCGGCAGGCUGGACGCCGCCAGGGCGAGCCUGCGCAGGCUGUACCGCGGCGUCGAGGGCUACGACGUCGAGCAGCAGCUGCAGCUUCUCGUCAUCGCCGUCGACCACGAGCUCGAGGUCGCGCGGGCCCGGGAGAACGUGCGGUGGCACGCCGUCUUCAAGGGCGUCGACGGCCGCCGCACCGUCACGGCGCUCUGGACCCUCAUGACGCAGCAGUUCGUCGGCCUGACGCUCUUCUCCACCUUUGCCUCGUACUUCUUCAAGCAGGCCGGCAUCCGGGACCCCUUCCAGGCGACGUGCGUCACCUCCGGCAUCAACAUCGCCUCGGGGGUGGUCUUCAUCCUGCUCGCCGACAGGGUCGGGCGGAGGUGGAUCUCGUGCUCGGGCACCACCCUGUCCUGGCUGGCGUGCGUGGCCAUCGGCAUCCUCGGCGUCGUGCCGAGACGCGGCCCGACGUCCGUGUUGCUCGUCCUGUUUGCCUGUCUCUGGAACAUCGGCAUGACUGCCAACGGAGCGACUGGCUGGGGCUUCAUCGGCGAGAUCUCCUCCCAGAGGCUCCGGCCCUACACGGCCGGCUUCGGCGCGGCGUCGACGGCCUGCCCGGGCGUCGUCAUGAACGUGUUGACCCCCUACAUGGUCGACGGCAACCGCUGGAACUGGGAGCUCCGCACGGCCUUCUUCUACGUGGGGGUCGGCCUGCCCUUCGUCAUCGCCAUGUGGUUCCUGAUCCCCGAGACCAAGGGUCGGUCCGCCGCGGAGCUGGACGAGCUGUUCGAGCGCGGGGUCAAGCCCUGGAGGUUCCACAAGACCCAGACGGCGACCGAGCGGCUCGUCAACGCCAACCACGACGAGAACGAUGCAUAG